AUGAGGCAGCGAGCACCUUCUUCCACAAAAACCUGCACCGAAGUACAAAGAAGCGCUGCCCCGGGAACGCUACAGCCGAGGCGCCGCCCGCACUUGCGAUCCCGCGCACCAAUGACACCUCGCAAGUUCACACGACGAAGCAAUAAGCCUCUUCUCGCCCCCGGCGCCCCGCCCGCCACACCAGCCCCCACCCGCCCGCCCACUGCCCCCAACGCCCACUCUCUCUCCCGCCCCAAUUUUCUGCGCCCAGAUUAUCAUGGCAACACCAGCGUCGCCUACACCGUAACGAUGAUGUUGCCACGUCGCCCUCCUGUGAACGACAAGCUAGGUCCUCCUCGACAGCACGCGGCAGGCUCGGAGGCGCGGGUCUCUCGACCCCCCCCCCCCCCUCGUCAUCCGCGAAAACUCCCUCGCCGCCAGAUCAACAAGUUCCUCCUCUCGCCUGCGAAGUCACUUCCCUGGAGCGCCGCUGCCCCGGUCACUUCACAACUCCAAGGGCCGAUCCCCUCGUUUCACUUCUCCCGCGCGGUCCAGGUCGCUCCGAGGAGGUCGUUCCUCUCCGUUGCACUAAACGCAGGUCACUUCCCGCUCUCACCUCCCCUCCGGCCUGACUCCUCGCCUCCGCUCGAAAGGGCGCGCGACCCUCCGUGUCUCCAGCACAGUGCCCUCCCAAAGGGCGCCGCUCCUCCAGGGGCCAGCAGGAGGCGGCAGAGCGGGCGCGGCGGCGGUGGCAGCAGAGGGCCGCAGCGGCAGCAGGAGCAGCAGAGCGAGCGAGCGCGCUGGGUGUGGAGCCGCAUUGAUCGACCAGCUGCGAACUGCGGCGCGCUGGUGCCCGUGACAGUACCUGUGGCGCGCCCCAACUUCUGCAACAAUCGCUCUGCAUCACAACUUUAA